CCGCCCUCACGGUCUGGGGCGGGGCUCCGAGGGCGAUGGCCGCCACUGCCGCCGCGGUGGUUGUGGCCGCUGCUCUGGGCGGAGGGCUGCUGCUCCUCGCCCGGCGCCUCUGGCCGGCGGCGGCCGCGGGGAAGGGCAGCGCUACGGCCGCCGCCGCCGCCUUGUGCCGGAUGGAGGGCAAGACGGUGAUCAUCACGGGCGCCAACAGCGGCCUGGGCCGGGCGGCGGCGGCCGAGCUGCUGAGGCGCCGCGCGAGGGUCAUCAUGGCCUGCCGGGACCCGGCGCGCGCCGAGGAGGCGGCCCGGGAGCUGCGCGCCGAGAUGGGCCUCAGCUCGCGGGAAAGAGGCGGAGGCCGAGGGGAGCUGGUGGUGCGCCAGCUGGACUUGGCCUCGCUGGGCUCCGUGCGCCGCUUCUGCCAGCAGGUGCUGCAGGAAGAGUCUAGGCUGGAUGUCCUGAUCAACAAUGCAGGGAUAUUCCAGUGUCCCUAUAUGAAGACCGAGGACGGCUUUGAGAUGCAGUUUGGCGUCAACCACUUGGGGCACUUCUUGCUCACAAACCUCCUCCUUGGACUUCUGAAAAGCUCUGCGCCCAGCAGGAUUGUGGUGGUUUCCUCCAAGCUUUACAAAUACGGCGAGAUCAACUUUGAUGACUUGAACAGUGAGCUAAAUUACAAUAAAAGCUUUGCUUAUAGUCGGAGUAAACUGGCCAACAUACUGUUCACUAGGGAAUUAGCCCGUCGCUUAGAGAACACAGGGGUCACGGUCAAUGUGCUACAUCCCGGUAUUGUCAGAACAAAUCUAGGCAGACAUAUACAUAUCCCUUUGCUAGCCAAGCCCCUCUUCAAUUUGGUAUCUUGGGCUUUCUUCAAAACCCCUCUGGAAGGAGCCCAGACUUCAAUUUAUCUGGCCUCCUCCCCCGAAGUAGAGGGUGUAUCUGGGAAAUAUUUUGGAAACUGCAAGGAGGAACAACUGUUGCCCAAUGCCAUGGAUGAUUUGGUUGCAAGGAAACUAUGGGAUAUCAGCGAAGUGAUGGUGGGGCUAUUAAAAUAAAGGUCAAGGAGAAGCACUGUAUCAAAAUAGUGUCAAUAGAUAGUCUUUCAGAAUUUACAGUUUCUUGCUUCUGUUAUCUUGCCUCAUUGCAACAGAUGGAGCCCAAGUUAUUUUGCAUCUCUGGCUGGGAUUUAUCACAAUCAAUGCAGACUGUGUUUGUUUUUUUAAGAGAAAAUAUCAGAAUAAAUUAAUAUUUAAAGAAAAUAAUUAGAGGUGGAGGUUUUUGUAUAUUUUGGGCUGAAGGGAGAUUUUUGCUGUUCUGCAAACAAAACAGAAAGAUGUCUGCUUUUGUAGGUGUUUUCUGAUAGUUCAGUGCUUCAUAUCUGAAUUAGCUGUGCAUGGUACUGUAUUUGAAAUAUGUGGCAGCUUCAUUUUUGUGCUCCAAAAUUGAAUUCCAAGAAUAUAAGACAGAGAAAUCACCUGUGAA